CUUGUUGUUGUCAUGGUUACAGUGGUGCGUCCAAAAUGGCGUCGUUGCUGGGGGAGAAGCUGUUUGAAAUUUCUGGCCAGGGCCCAGCGCCCUCUAAAGAUUUUUACAAUUUUGAGAUUACCAGAAAUGAGGUAAUAUUGAAUAGGUGGACCAUCUCUAUGCGACUUGAAAAUAAAUUUCGUCCUCCAAAACAGCAGAGGUCAACUUUUUCUAAUUUUCUACUGGACAAACAACUUCAGGAUGACGUUAGCAAUGUUUUUGGUGAGAAGAUCCUGGACUACUCGCUGUCACUGUGUCAGGGACACUACGACUAUCUUGAUCGCAUACAGGAUGACUUACUACUCAAAAUCAUGUCCUUCCUGCAGCUGAAAGAUAGAUUUGUGUUGGCACAGCUUUCCAAAAGAUUCAAUAUGCUCUGCAACUCUGAAAAGUUUUGGGAACUGACUGUGAAGAACGACUGUCCUGAUUACCACACUGACAUGGAGGACUUAGCAAAAGCCAUGGGAUGGAAGAUUACCUAUUUUACCUUCUUUCACAAUGAUGGUACCAACCAUAAUGACCACAACGGCAAUGACACCACCAGCAAAGGCACAGAAGAGCAGUAAAAAUGAACAGCAACACAA